AUGUUUCUGGAACGCAUUCCGCGAACUACGGCAUCAUCGGUUGACAAAUAUCCGCAAAUGAGUUCAGCUUAUUUUUAUCUCACCUGGUGCCUCUGCAGUAGCGGUAAAGAUAACCUUCCGAAUGGUAUCGAGAGAGUGGACAAGGUAGAAUUUGAUGCUGCGCAGUUGAAUGUGCUUUGUCGUAGGAAGUUGGGAGGCCCUGAACGGUUUCAUCGGGAUCAUUUGAUGAUGCUGCGUUGCCUCUUUCUGGUCUCAUCUCUUGUGCCUUCCCUGCCUUCCGGCCAUCCGAUGGUUGCAACUUAG